GUCCAAAAAACUAUAGCCUGACCUCUGGACGAACUAAAAAAAAUAUAAUUUAGGAACAUUGAAAAUUGAAAUUAUAAUUCUCUUUGAUUGAAUUUUACAACCAUUCUUUUCGAAUUAAUUAGUGCCUUUUGUUGGUAACAAGGCAUUUUAUAAUUUAAUUCACUAAUAUCGAUCAGAAAACCAUUAUAUAAAAUGACAAAUACAGUUCAUAAAAAUAUAUUCAUAAGCAUUCCAUUUCUAUCUACUGAAACUGCUUCUUUGGUUUAUGAUAUUUUAAAUGUUGAUAAAGAUUUAAAAGGGAAUGGUGUAGAGAGAGAGCUGACAACUGAUGGUGCUAAUCUUAUUAUAAAUGUCCACGGUGCAGAACUGAAGAAAUUAAGAGUGUCUAUCAAUUCAAUUUUUAAAAACAUUAUAUUAAUAACUAAAACUAUAGAAUUAUUUGGGAACAAAUGAGAAAUUAUUAUGUCUGAACACACACCAGCCCCUACACCAGCACGAUCCUUAUAUGGAUUCUUCAUGUACCUGUUUAGUAAAACUGUAUUAUGUUUAUAUUUUAUGUGGGCAUUUAUACCUGAUGACAUAUUUCAUUAUUUCAACAUAUACUACUAUCCCCAAAAGUAUUGGGCGACAGCAAUCCCCAUACAAUGUUUAGUUGCAUUGACAAUUUUUGCAUUUUUAGUGUACCCUAGUACAAACUUUAUGUUGACUACCAAUAUUGAUGAUAUAAGGACUAUUCAGGAUAGCUUUACAAAUAAUACUUGUAGUGCUAUAGAAGAUAAAACAUCCAGUAAUUGUAUUUGUUGUAAUGUUAGUACAUGCAAAUACAAUUGCAUGCCUUUAUAUAAUAACUUAGAACAAAAUAUAGUUCCACAAUUAUGUGACUUGGACAUUAGAGUCAUAUGUAAAAAGUUAUAUAACCAAAAACAAGUGCAAGUUAAAAGGUCAAUAGCUGCAAUCUGAUCAAUUAUUAGGUUUCUAUAGAAUAUACCCAAACUGAAACCCUUGUGAAUUGUAAUUUAGAUGUAUAUAGGGCUACCAUCAACUAAAUUGCCGACGCCGAUAAACACGGCAAAAUCCCCGACAUUUGGGCGAAAUAUGGGCUUUUCCCCAGACACCUCUGAACAAAUAUUUUUGCAACGCGCGAGGGCACAGGGUGGGGGCGUUCGAUGGUCGACUAUUUUGCCGUGCCUUCUCGAAUGCGGGUUUUUAUGAAUGAAUUUGUAAGUAAGAUUUAUUUCAAGUUAUUGCGUAUCUAUAAAAAAUGGAUUUCCCUGAUAACAAA